GGCUACACUUCUUCCUCCCACGGAGUCUUUCAAACUACGUGUUUUUUGGAUGACUGAUUGUAAGGAUGAAGACAAAGAUGCUGUUUUAUGGUUCUCUGUGUCUGUUUCUUUGCUGCAUGCUGCAGGAGAUCAUUGGCGCCUACAAUGGACCAGAUAAUCAGUCCUUCCCACUGGACAUGGCUGAAAAUUCUGUUGAUGACAGAUACUCGACCUGCGCUGCUAAGAUGGAAAAAAAGGUCAAUGAAACAUACUUUAAAAAAGAAACAAAAGAUGGUCUCUUUAAAAAGGCAUGGGAAAAAGCUGAGACAUGUGCAAAAAAAAAACAACAACCGGGAGACAAAGAUCUAACAAAAGAUCACAUCCAGGCAAUUUGUGUUUACACAGCUGGAGGACCGGCAGACCUCUAUAAGAAAUUCAAUGAAGCAGUCAGGACCAGUAAAAAUGUCUAUAAGUCAUCCUUUCCGUUUCAUUCCUUGCAUUUCUGGCUGACCAGGGCUAUACAGAUCCUCAAUAAAAACAAAUGUGAGACAACUUUCCGCAGAACCAAAGCUAAGUUCACUGGUAAGGUCAACCAAGAGAUGCGGUUUGGUACUUUUACUUCCACCUCAAGGAUAUCAGAUAUGACACAAUUUGGUCGUACUACAUGCUUUAAAGUUAGAACUUGUCAAGGUGCUUAUUUGAAAAAUUACCCCACACUUGGAGACAGAGAGCAAGAGGUGCUCAUUCCACCAUAUGAAAAGUUCAAAAUAAUCAGCACAGAUAAACCGAAAGAACUUAAUGACUGUGAUACUGUUUAUGUUCUGAAAAGUUCUGGUGUACGCAGCGAUCUUGACUGCAAAAUAGCAAAACAAACACUUUUGUGAUUUUUUUUCUUUAAAUCCGGAACCAUGCAAACCAUGCAUUUUCAUCUUAUCCUAAAUUUCCCCAUGACUGACCUGUAAAGGAAAGGUUCAGAUUUAUCUUCCUCACAUAAGAUAAACACACAGAUGUUUGGAAAGUAGCGCAAAGCUAAUGGCUACUUUAAUACAAGUUAAAACAACUACAAUAUAUUAUGAAAAAUAUAAAUUCCAUAUGAAAUAUCUAAGUGUAACUUGAGGCAAAACUAAACAACAUAAGAAUUAAUAAAAUAAUUUUGACUUAAAUCAUGUUUUGAUUUUCUUCGAAAAUUUUGAUUAAACCUAUAAGUUGUUGCAAUAUUUACUAUUUUUUAAGGUUAAGAUGUUCAGGAUGCUGUCUACUACAGACCAUAUUUUGCCUCCGCACAGCUUCUCCACAUUUCUCCUUAAAUCCUUUUAACAACGCAGACUACAGCUUUCAAGCGUUUCGGGGGUUCGCUUAGAGAAUUUUAUUGACUGAUGUUUUGCUUUUGUGUUAGCAUUUCUACUGCAAGCACAUACUGCUGUUUCCUGUAUUCUGUAUGAGAUCAAUAAAUAUG